AUGAUGAUGAUAUUGAUGAAAGUUUGCUCAUGUGGUGGUCUCAGAUUUGAGCUGCUUUGAUCAGUGUAUGUGACAAACUAUUUUGUGUCUCCAGAAAUAUUGGUUACAACUUGAAUGAGCUUAGUGAACAUUUUUGCUCAACAGAUCAUGUUUCUGACCACCUUGUGAAUGUAAGUUCAGUAUUCACUAUCCUUGGCUCUGUGUUUGGUUUCUACCAAUUGCUGAGGGAAAUUUAUUCACCAUCAAACUGUGACUGUCUGCUGUUUGGUGCUGAGCAGGUUGUGUCCAGUGGGUUUUUAGAGGGUUUUUUGCUGAAAACAGCUGCCUUGUUUAGUGUAAAACAACAUGAGAGUAGUGACAGUGAAUCAAAAAAGUAAAUUUACAGACUGGGCAGGUAAACAAUAAUCUGAAAAUCCCUAUAAAGUUCCGUAAGGCUGAGGGAAGCUGCAGAUUUGGGCAGUAAUUUUCUAUAGUACAAUACAUUUUUUCAGAUUGCCACAUUGUUUUCAUAUUGUAAUUUCAUACACCGUUAUAGUAAAAUAUCAGUUUUAAAGUUUUUUGGUACCUCUGCAAUGACUGUAGAAUGCAGGAUUUAUUCAGGAACAUACCAUAUGACCAAUAAGAUUCGGUGCCACAUAGGCCUACUAUAUGCACUCAGCAGUGUUCACAAUGUUGUCAGUCUCAGCCUGCCUGUCAUCAUUAUCUCUUUUCCCACAUCUUAGUGGAUUGCCCUUCAGCUUUGAUGUAGAAGUGUCAGAGGUAUACAGCCAGAGACCUAGCUGGCAUAACUCAUAGAUGUGUGAGUAAGUAAGAAGUGUUGAAAAGAGAGGUCUAGACAAUUGGCCAAACUUAAUGUCCUUUUACAAAAACUUUAUAUCUGUGAAACAGUGCAAUAGGUUCUGCUUAAAACUUUAUCACAAUACCUCCCUCUUGUUACCAGAAAUGAGUCGCCAGACUGCCACCGCGCUGCCCACAGGAACCUCCAAAUGCCCCCCCUCCCAACGCGUGCCCACCCUGUCAGGCACCACAGCCUCCAACAGUGACCUGGCCAGCCUGUUUGAGUGCCCUGUCUGCUUCGACUAUGUCCUACCCCCAAUCCUGCAGUGUCAGUCCGGACACCUGGUAUGCUCCAACUGCCGGCCCAAGCUCACCUGCUGCCCCACCUGCCGAGGCCCUCUGGGCUCCAUCAGGAACCUGGCCAUGGAGAAGGUGGCCAACUCUGUCCUCUUCCCCUGCAAGUACGCCUCUUCGGGCUGCGAAGUCACCCUGCCUCACACCGACAAGACGGAGCAUGAAGAGCUGUGCGAGUUUCGGCCGUACUCCUGCCCCUGCCCUGGUGCCUCCUGCAAGUGGCAGGGCUCCUUGGACGCUGUCAUGCCUCACCUGAUGCACCAGCAUAAGUCCAUUACCACAUUGCAGGGGGAAGACAUUGUGUUCCUGGCCACGGACAUCAACCUGCCUGGCGCAGUGGACUGGGUAAUGAUGCAGUCCUGCUUCGGCUUCCACUUCAUGCUGGUGCUGGAGAAGCAGGAGAAGUACGACGGCCACCAGCAGUUCUUUGCCAUUGUGCAGCUCAUCGGUACUCGCAAGCAGGCCGAGAACUUCGCCUACCGGCUGGAGCUCAACGGGCACCGGCGCCGCCUGACCUGGGAGGCCACGCCACGCUCAAUCCACGAGGGCAUCGCCACCGCCAUCAUGAACAGCGACUGCCUGGUGUUCGACACGUCCAUCGCACAGCUUUUUGCCGAAAACGGCAACCUCGGCAUCAACGUCACCAUCUCCAUGUGCUAAGAACUUUGAAGAGACGAGGGUCAAAAAGUUACAGAUUGUCAUGGGGCAUUUUUUUAGGGGGUCAAAUCAGUUGUGACCUCACAGCGCCCCCCUCUCUGCCUCACCCCUAGAGACGUGGAACUGGACUGUCUGAUCGGGCAGCCGUGGAGGCCCAGGGGGUGGGAUGGAUGGAUGGAUGAAUGGAUGGAUGGAUGGAUGGAUGGAUGGAUGAGUGGAGGAAUGAAUAAACACAAGGACAUAGUUGUGUAGUGAUGGCUAUAGAUGUCUAAACACACACAUAUAAACUUAUAUAUGUGAGACCUGUGCACGCACAUGCAGUCUCACCCUCUCUUGGUCAUAAACAUGGACACAAACUGAGAAGCUGUUCAGUCAAACUCGUUUCUUGAUCACGUCUCUCUCGUGGAGUGAUUUCCCACCACUCUUAUUUUAGUGUUUCUCUCCCCUCAGUCAUCCUCAGACAUUUCAGACACUACAGCUCUCCAGCCUUUGCUGUGAGACACUGGAGGCUGAUCACCAAUGGGCAGCUCUGUGCCGUGACAGCUACACAUCGAGGAAGGCUCAAGCUAUAUUUCAAUGCGGACUCCUGGUCAGUGCUAGGUAGCUAGCCAGCUAUCUAGUUUUCCCUUCAGUCUGUAAUCCACCUCAGUACCCGUCAGACCUCCUGGAUCAAACAGUUCAUGUGCUACCAACACUUGUAGGGCUAGGACCACAGUCGUGGCUGGUAUUGACUAGCUCAAACCGGAACCCAGAGUCCAUGAAAACUCCUUAUCACAGAUUUGGAUAUUUAUUUUCACCUGUGACUGACAUGGAUGUGGAUGGCUAGGACUGGAACCAUCACCCAUAGGCAUGGAUCGCUGUAAUAUCCAUAACCACCAAGUUUUGACCAGGACUGGAACCUCUGUUCUGCAUUAGGGAUGUCCAUCUACAUCUGCGAUGUAAAACAUCCGUACAGGCUCAUCUGGUUUCCUUCCAGUCCACACCGGUCCACCCCAAGGCUAAAGAUUGUGCAUCGGACGCUCUUUAAAUAGUUGACUGUCAUUGUUGAUAGUUAUUAGACUCUGCUCUCAUACUCUAUGGAUUUAAGAAGGCCCUCGGCUUCAUCAGCCAUGGAUUCCCUUCAUUUUUCUUUUCAUGGAGUGGACACAACAGUGGUGUUCUGACCCACACAAACACUGCAUUACAGGCUGUGUGUGCAGUUGUAAUAGGGAAUGAAUUGAGUGUGUGUCGGAGCAUUUUUGACCGAGGAAUAGAGGGUGUCUUUUUUGUUUUUAUGUUUGUUUUUCACAAGGAAAAAACACUGCAUUUCAGUUGAUUCAAGGUUUUCUUUUGGGGUUUAUUUUUACGUCUGUUUCUUUUUAAUUAUUUUAGUUGUCUUUUUUUGUAUGAGAGGAGAGCAAAACUCCUGGUGUGCGCGUAUGUGUGCGCGUA